AUGUCUCGUCGCCCGAUUGUCAAUCAAAAUAGAGACGAAGAGGAAGAAGAUGGCACCCGGUUCUCUUCUCUUGCGAAUCGCGAGUGCGAUGUACGUGUGUUGUUGCGCCGCCACACGACAGGUGUUGUGACCUUCGGUGACACAGCUGACGUGUGCACGGAGACCGACGGUGUGGAUGUGGAGCUUAUACAACAGGAUGCGCUUAAGCAGCUGAUACGCCACGGAAGCGUGCUCUUUGCUGGUGGUGUGGCUGGGAGCGUUGGAAAGACCGUCACAGCACCUCUUAGCCGCCUCACAAUUUUAUUUCAGGUACAUAGCAUGGUAUCAACGCGUCACACCGACCGCUUCUCGCCUACUAUGGGAAGUGCUAUUAACAAGGUUCUCAAAAACGAGGGCGUGCUAGCUUUUUGGAAGGGAAAUGGUGCCAGCGUUUUGCAUCGAUUUCCAUACUCCGCUGUAAACUUUUUUACUUUCGAAAUGGUUAAAAACAGCCUCAUCGCGCAGAACUACCCCGCUUUUGCCUACAAUAUGUGGACCACCAUGUUUGUCUCGGGGGCAUUGGCUGGUGCAACGGCUACAGUGGCCUGCUACCCGAUCGACCUCAUUCGAACGCGGUUGGCAACGCAGCUUAAUACAGACAUCCGCUAUACAGGUAUUCGUCAAGCUGUGCUUCGCAUUAGCACAGAGGAAGGCAUUUUGGGACUUUAUCGUGGAAUGGGUGCAACCCUCAUGGUCACCGUUCCGAAUCUAGCCGUAAAUUUUACACUGUACGAAUCGCUCAAGAACUAUGCGCGAAAUUUUCGCCGUAACCAAUUACUCGCAGGGCUAACCGAGGUCGAUAGAGAACGAUCUGCUCAAAAUUAUGAUAGUUCCCCAAUGUACGUGACAGAUACGCUCGUCUGCGGUGGUGCAGCAGGUAUUGCGUCGUCUUUGCUAACGUUUCCAAUCGACGUGGUGCGCCGCCGCUUACAGAUCUCAGCUAUUCACGCUAAGACUGCGGGCAUUAAGCCGACGCCAAUGGGCAUUGCGUCAGAGUUAUUUCAGACACAAGGCGUUCGUGGAUUCUUUCGUGGCUUGACACCGGAGCUUAUGAAGGUUGUGCCUAUGGUUGGCAUUACCUUCGGCACGUUUGAGCGGCUUAAAAAAAUGCUUGUGAGGGAUUAG